CCGAAAAUAAAUUUGUGCUAUUACCAGAAAUAAAACGUAGCUUGCUAACGUUGGCUUGCGCCCGUAAGUGUGUCGUCACAGUCAUCACGAAGUCACUCGAGCAAUUAUACAGGGCACCGAGUUAAUUGAAUGUCUCAAUACGACGAGCUAUAAAAGUCUGGACGACUAUUAUCUUUCGACGUUUACGUUAGUCGCUAAUUUUAUCGGGGAAAAAAAACCGAAGCGUUAUCUACGCGAUAGAAAACGCGGCUUUAAACGUAUUGCAAUGGCGUGAGCAGGCAGCGUGACAUUAACAAAGUUGCAUGUUGCUAAUCGUAAAAAAGUUUACGCACUUUGGGGGAUAAUUUAGUCACGGACGAACUCGCUGACAUCGUUUCUGCAACAUUUAUCUUAACGCUCAAAGUUUCUCGUGUGUUUCGCGAGUUCACUAUAAAUAGGUUGUACGCUCUUUGGCCGCGAUUCACGAUUAAUCCAGCCAGAAAGGCCCAUCCGAGUUUCUGUCGAUGCACCUGCAUCCAUCCUAAGAGUCCCAAGAUAUAUGAUAUUGACGACUAGACAACAUCCAAUCUACGUAAAAGAAGACUUAAUCCCAGUUUCCAAGAAAUUCUACAUAGCAAAUACAGUACAAUGAAAACGCAAUCAUCGCUCGACACGCUCCCUGUUAAAAAUCUGGACGCAUUGUUAAUGCAAACGUGUGGCCCCAAUUUUCGAAUACACGAUGUGGAAUGGAAGCAUUUAACAGAUCCGGGAGAGAACUUCGGUAGCGUAAUACUGGCCGUCACUAUCAACGUCGAACAGAAUGAUAAGAAGAGAAUUCUAAACGUGGUUGUGAAACUACCACCAAAAUCGGCGUACUUGCUAGAUUUGUUCGACAGUCCGCUAACGUUCAAGAAGGAACUGGAAUUUUAUAGCAUGGUGGCACCUGAAUUUUUAAAGUUGCAAAACGAAAGCGGGAUCCCUCGGGAAGCCCUAAGCGUCAUCGUGCCGCAAUUUUUAGGCGGCAGAUUAGGCUUGCGAGAUCCGCAGUGUUUCGAUGAGCAGGCCGCCAUCGUCUUAGAAAAUCUCAAGAGUCACGAUUAUACGACGCAAGACCGUAUUGCAGGUCUGGACAAGGAGCACAUGGACUUUGCGAUCGCCCAUUUAGCUAAGCUGCACGCCAUAACGAUCGGUCUGAAGCUCAAAAGACCCGAAUUCUUCGAGAAAACGGUGCUACCCUGUCUAGGGUACCCCCUGAGCGAGGCUGCGAUGAACGGCGCCUUAGAUAUGGUACAGAAAGCGCACAACGAUUAUAAAAGUAUGAAAGAAGCGAAUGUUUAUCUGGAUAGAAUCGAGAAGACGCUCGAAUACGGACUUAAGGAUGACAUAACGCCGGAAGAACCUUGGGCGACACUGGUGCACGGUGAUUUCUGGGUAAAUAACAUGAUGUUCAAAUACGACGAGUCGGGCAGGCCGAUCAAUAUGAAAAUUGUGGACUUUCAAUUGACGACCUACAACUACGGUGUAAACGACCUCAUAUUUUUCCUCAUAUCGAGUUCCCGGAAGGAGAUACUCGACAAUCAUCUUGAUGACAUGAUUGACUUUUAUUACGAUUCUUUCAUCGAGAGCUUAAAAUCGCUGAAUGUAGACACAAACGCGUUUCCCAAGGGCCAAUUUAUGGAGCAAUUGAAUCAGUGUGCACCCGUCAAAUUUAGCCAGUGCAUCAUGAUGGUGCAAGUGAUACAAGCGGCGCGUGGCUCCGUUUCACAAACGGCAACCGAAACGGCGGAUGAAUUAGUUUUCACAGGUGGGAUCGAUGAUGAUAAUUAUAAACAGAAGAUGUUGCACAUUUUAUCUAUAUUCGAUCAGAAGGGAUGGCUCGUGAAUUGAUUAGAAGCAAAAUUGUGCCCGUAACAAAUAAAUUUAAAAAAAAAAGUCUUAUCUUGGUAUAAGAAUAAUUACUGUAAAAAAAUAUUGAUAGAUAGAUUCAUAGGAUCGCGCUAAAAUUAUAUGUAAACAUGUGAUAAAAGUUUCCAGACAAUAUUAUACAAUAUAAUAAGACAAGAUAAUACACUAGAUAAUAUUAUAUAAUAAAAAUAAGGACCAAAGCUAACGAAGGACAGUUAAUUUUACUAAGUCAAUAAUUUUUUGAUAGAUUUUUUAUAGAAAUAUUAACACACAAACAAUGUGCAAUUUAUCCCGUCACAAUGCUAAAAAA